AUGUGCCUCCUUGUAUAUAUACACACGUACAUUCCCGCCCACCUCGAGCCUCUCCCCUGUUUUUUUUUGUUUGUCACCGCACCAGGAAUUGCAGGAGCGUGGGGACAAGAGGCCGCUCAGCCUUCUUGGGGCGGCAAGAACAACAGCUACCAGCAACAGGCCUUCAACACCUUCCGCCGUGCCCCGAGCCCCUUCGGGUCACACGGGCCGGACGGCCGGUACCGGCAGCCUCGCGCACCCACCACCACCACCGCUGCACCUGCUGCUGCUGCUGCUGCCGUAGAUAGGGAGGAGAACGGCGCCGACGUUCCGCUUCCUGGGCGUCGCGGCGCCGGUGAUGGCGGCAGCAAUGACGUGGGGCUUGCUUCUCGAAGCGACGGGAGCGCCGAGGCUAGCGCUUCUUGUAGCCCCGGCGACCGCGCAGGCGGCGACGAGGGCGGUGGCGUGAGUAACGUCGGCGGCGGCGACAGCAGCGGUAGUACACGCUCGGCUGAGGCCUCGGCCGCAGCGGAGGCAGCAGCGGCGGCCGUGCCGGUGCCGGUGCCGGCGAAAGGUGCCCCGGCCCCCGCUGCCGACGCCGCCGCCGUGAAACCCAGCCACGAGAACGACGAGCGGGGGCUCCGCGGCAAGGACGAGUCGGCCACCGAGGCGUGCUCGGAGCGAUCGGCGUCGAGUACGUCCUACUCGAUCGCCUGGACAGCCGCCGCCAGCCGCGUCGAGGGCGGGGACGAUCGCGGAGCGGGGCCGAGGGAGGCUGCGGCCGUUGAGAUGUCUCAGCAGCGGGGGUGCGUCGAGGAACGGGGUUGGGGGAGCGGCAGGGACGACGCGGGUGGCGAUGAGCUUGGGGAGGAAGGGGGAGAUCCGGAUCAGGGGUGGGCCAUGUCGGCGGAGUGGGAAGAGUACCUGAGGAACUCUCCGGGCGUCUCCAGAUACCUCGAAGGGGUGCCGGCGAAGGCAUACACCUGGAAAGACGGCAGGGGAGGUGGAGGGAAGGGCAACGGCAGCAAGAGAGGCAGGAAGAAACGAGGCACGGGCAGCAGCACCAGCGACAACGGCAGCAGCAGCGGCAUCGUUGCAGCUGACCUCGAUCCCACGAUGACAACGGACAACAGAGGGCACACCAACACCAAGCAGCAGCAGCAGCAGCAACUGAAGGGGGGCAAAGCUCCACCCCGCGGUGGGAAAAGUAGCGGCAAGAAAAGGAGCCCAAAGGAAAGGGGAAAGAGCAACAACAACGACGACGACGAAGCUGCCUCGAGGGCGCUGGAUCUAGAGCUCGCCAAGAUCGAGGCUCACGCGCUCUUGUACGCGCAGCAGCAGCAGCACCGGCCACUCGAGGACGCGAUGCGCGCCCCGCCAACCAUUUGAUUCCAGUCGUCAAUCGUCGUCGUCGUCGUCAUCUACCUUUGCACCCCCCCCCGCCCCCC